AUGGCUGAGGCAUCUGAAGAUAGUGCUCAACACUUCGCAACGAACAGUCUUCCUCUCUAUCACGGGCCUCUUGUGAAAAUCAGAGUUACGCCUAGCAAUGACGAAUUUACAAUCUCUAAAGAUCUUCUCUGUGCGAGUUCCCCGGUAUUUUCAGCAAUGUUCGAAGGUCCAUUCAGAGAUUUUCAUGAGAUGAUGGCAGGGCUGGAAGAAAUGGAAUACGUAAUCUCGCAUCGAGGACCCCCCGGUGAGCAUAUUACGGCCGCGAUGGAGCUUGUGAGACUUGCGGACAAGUACGAUAUUGUUGGACUUGAAACCGAAAUGGGCGAAUAUAUUAGAGAGAUAAUUGUCGCCAAUCCUCAUCCAAUGGGAACCAUUUCUGCAUCUCGUCGCGAUACCAACACUUAUUGGAUCGUUCAUGAACAUAUUAUCUCUGCAAGCUACUUGCGUCAUGGACAUCCAGUACGACAAAUUCUGGCUAAAGCCUCCGUCUCAGGGCAUCUCCUAAGCCAUGAUCACAAAUUCUUUCUAGCGUCCCAGGAAUAUCCUCCAUUUGCAGCUGAUCUCCUUGAGGUCAGAAUGACGCUGGACAGGCCAAGUUCUAAACCAGCUGGCACUUUUGAAGACCCCAUCACUAGAGAAAUGGUCGAUCUAGAGAGAGAAAAAAUCUAG